GUGUGAUCAGGUUUACGGACACCGCGGAGGUUUAGCUUGGUGGUUUACGCUUUUAUUUGUCGGGAUGGGUUUAAGUGCCAGUGCUUGAUGGAAAUAAGCUCUUCCUGGAUCAGAGCUGUGUCUGCGUGGGUGGUGUAGGUGUUGCACUGCUGCACCGCUGGAGUUUCAGUACUUACUGUGUUCAUUAGAUCUGAAUCAUGGCAGCUUCUGAUCCUGGUGCUGGUGCUGAAGAUUUAGAGGAUGAGCUGGACGAUGCAGAGCUCUCACUGAGAGGAAUAAACAUGCUGCUCAACAAUGGAUUCAGAGAAAGCACCCAACUCUUCCAUAAAUACAGGAACUUCAGUCCACUGAUGAGUUUCGGAGCCAGCUUUGUUAGUUUCCUGAAUGCCAUGAUGACGUUUGAAGAGGAGAAAAUGCAGGUAGCCAGCGAGGACCUGCGAGCCACAGAGAAACUGUGUGAAUGUGACAGCGCUGGUGUCAUCGAGACCAUUAAGAACAAGAUCAGAAAAAGUGUGGAGGGGCAGAGGAUGGAGGCAGCCAUGAUCGAGCGGCUGCAGAGGCUCAUCAUAGUGGCCGACUGUCAGGUCUACCUGGCCGUGCUGUCCUUUGUCAGACAGGAGCUCUCAGGCUAUAUCAAAGCUGGCUGGAUCCUCCGCAAGGCCUGGAAAAUGUACAAUAAAUGCUACAACGAUAUCAUCCGGCUUCAGGAAAGCUUCCAGAGGAGAGGCUCUGCACCACAGGGUGCGCCUUCCGUCGACCGUCCUGUGCGGGGUCGUAAAUCUCAGAAAGCUGUGAACACAACUGACCGCUCUGAACAUGCCAGUACUCCUCUAGUUUCUGUUCCAGAGACGUCACUUCAAACCGGUGAUGGCCAGCACGUUUCAGAACCGCCCGAUCAGCCCAGAAAUGUCCCAAAAACGUCUGUGCGUCCCGAACGUGGCGUUACCGAAGAGUCUCUGAGUCGACUUAAGGGUUCGGUCAGCUUUGGAUACGGCCUGUUCCACCUCUGCAUCUCCAUGGUCCCUCCUAACCUUCUGAGGAUUAUAAACCUGCUGGGAUUCCCUGGAUCGAGGCAGGAGGGGCUCAGUGCGCUCGCGUAUGCCAGCGAAAGCAAGGACAUGAAGGCCCCUCUCGCUACACUGGCUCUGCUUUGGUACCACACGGUCGUCCAGCCCUUUUUUGCACUGGACAGCUCUGAAACUGAAGCAGGACUUCAGGCUGCUAGAGCGAUACUUCAGAAGAAGGAGACAGAGUACCCCAACUCCUCACUCUUCAUCUUCUUCAAGGGCAGAGUGCUGCGACUCGAGUGUCAGAUCAGCGGGGCUUUAACUUGCUUCAACAGUGCGCUGGAACUGGCUACAGAGCAGCGUGAGAUCCAGCACAUCUGUCUCUACGAGAUUGGCUGGUGCAGUAUGAUCGAGCUGAGCUUCACCGAUGCCUACAACGCCUUCGAGCGUCUGAGAAAGGAGUCACGCUGGUCCCAGUGCUACUACUCCUACCUUACUGGAGUGUGUCAGGGAGCAGCGGGGGAUCUGAACGGAGCGCGCUCUGUGUUGAAAGACGCCGCGCGGCUUUUUAAAAGGAAGCACAAUCAGAUCGAGCAGUUUUCCAUGAGGAGGGCGGAGGAGUUGAGAAAGCUCUCGUGUAAUAAGGAGCGCUGUAGCAUGGCGGUUAUAGAGGUGCUUUACCUGUGGAAAGCUCUACAGAACUGCUCUGCCUCCAAACUACAGCUCAUGAUUCAAGUUUUGCAGCAAACAGAGGACUCAUGUUGUGGUCUUAAACAUCUCCUGCUGGGUGCGGUGUACAAGUGUCUGGGUGACAACACACACGCAGUGCAGUGCUUUCAGUUGGCUGUACAAGAUGAGGAAGGACGGGUAACUAAUUCCUACGUGCAGCCGUACGCCCUGUAUGAGCUGGGAUGUGUUCUGCUGGAAAAUCCUGAGACUGCAGCCAAGGGAAGAUCUUUGCUACUUCAAGCCAAGGACGAUUUCUCAGCGUACGACUUUGAGAACCGGCUUCACGUGCGGAUCCACACAGCAUUAGCUUCACUCAAAGCUGUCGUCUCAUAAUAACCACAGAUCUGUAUGAUCCAGCACAAUAUAGGAGCCUCUGAUAGGGGUGAAAUAUGUCUGGAUCAUGUGGUAGGAAUAACACAACCUCACACUUUAAUGUUUAUGAUUAAAGAUUUAUACUAGAGCA